GCAAGGGCCGUGACGUCGACGAGUGGGCGGGGACUAGCAGUUCCAUAGCGUUUCUGUAUGGAAGCGCUAUGGGGAGCAUGAGAGGGAGCGGGCAGCGGCGAGGAAAGUUUCACCGGGACUAAAUGCAUGUUCUUCAGCCAGCUCCCCCUCACACGGCGCAGAGUUCCCGCAGUCCCCGUCCUAUGUGUAACAGGCACUCCCACAGCAGCUCGAUUCACUCCUUGCCCUGAUCGCAAGUUGGUCCCCCAUGGAGGCGUCCGCAGCCGGCUCGGGCAAAGCCACCUCUGGCUCCAGGAGUGCUGGCAAAGGGAGCUGCGAUGGAGGAGUCGCCAGCCCCAGCUCGGGUUGCCUUGGGCUACCAGUAUGUGGCCACAACUCGCCCACCUGCCUGGAACCGCAGUCUGAGUACAAGUUGGAGGACUUUGAUACUGUAGCUACUGUGGGAACUGGUACUUUUGGGAGGGUUCAUCUGGUGAAGGAGAAGACAGCGAAGCAUUACUUUGCCCUAAAAGUUAUGAGCAUUCCUGAUGUCAUCCGUCUAAAACAAGAGCAGCACGUGCACAAUGAAAAAUCUGUCCUGAAAGAGGUUAACCACCCUUUCCUAGUCAAGCUGUUUUGGACCUCACACGAUGAUCGAUUUCUGUAUAUGCUGAUGGAGUAUGUACCUGGAGGAGAACUUUUUAGUUAUUUACGGAAUAUGGGACGUUUUAAUAACAGCACAGGACUCUUUUACUCAACUGAAAUCAUUUGUGCAAUAGAAUACUUGCACUCCAAAGAAAUAGUUUACAGAGACUUGAAACCUGAAAAUAUUUUAUUAGACAAGGAAGGACACAUCAAGCUUACAGAUUUUGGAUUUGCCAAGAAGCUUUCUGACAGAACAUGGACACUUUGUGGAACACCAGAGUACCUCGCACCAGAAGUCAUACAGAGCAAAGGUCACGGAAGAGCAGUGGAUUGGUGGGCUCUAGGGAUUCUAAUAUUUGAAAUGCUAUCUGGGUUCCCCCCAUUCUUUGAUGACAAUCCUUUUGGAAUUUACCAGAAAAUCCUAGCUGGAAAGAUAGACUUUCCAAGGCAUUUGGACUUGUAUGUAAAAGACCUCAUUAAAAAGCUUCUUGUUGUUGACCGAACCAGGAGGUUAGGAAACAUGAAGAAUGGGUCUGAAGAUGUUAAACGGCAUAGAUGGUUCAGGUCAAUAGACUGGGAAGCAGUGCCUCAAAGGAAACUAAAGCCUCCAAUUAUACCAAAAGUUGCUCAUGAAGGGGAUACAUCCAAUUUUGAAGCCUAUCCUGAAGAUGACUGGAAUAAAGCACAGCCGGUAUCUCCAAAGGAUUUGGAAAUGUUUAAAAAUUUCUAAAAUUGAAAAUGGAAACGUGCUUUUAUAGACUGUUUGAAAAUAGAAGUAAAAAUGCUCAAGACUGAAGAUUGAAGGUCACAAGAUGCAAAGGGAAGAUUCAUCCGUUAAAAAAUGCAUUUAUGAUCAAAACAAAGAAGAGCCAUGGACAUUACAUAACAUUGGAGGAUGUACUCCAUUUUGAAUAUGCACUUGUACUUGAUUUCUAAUCCAGGGCAUUCCAGUACAACAGGGUCCAUAGUACUGUAGUAUCCACACGAUUUAAGCAGCCGAGUAUUCAUGGUAUCAUUUCAUCUUUCCUAACUUAGACCUAAACAAACGGUGAGGUUUCACUGGAGAAAAAAAAAUGCACAACGUAUGACCCUCUUGGACCAUAGACUUGUUCCGGAAAACGAGCAUAAUGGCAACAAUUCUAAUUUUUUUUUUAUUCUUAGUGACUGGUUUUUACAAUGCUCUAUCUAUGCUUGCGGUGUACAAAGAGAGAAUGUAUUUGUGAAUGCAUCUAUUUGUAAAAGUCUGCCUCGGACCUACAUCUAAUUUAGCUCAGUUUCCAUGUUCAUUUUAAUAUAUCUGAAACAGCACAAUGUAAAGGAAUCUGUGCCUACUCUUGAUCAUGCUUCACAGUGAAAGAAGGUGUAUAUGUUCCAAGUGAAGCGUAACCAUAGAAAAUAUAUACAGUAGCAGUUUAGGUGCAGAAUGCAGCAUAAACAAUCCAUGCUGGUUGAGAAUGAAAUUAGAUAUUUCUCGUCAACAACCAGAGUCCCAAUGGGAAAGAUCUUGCGAUAUAUUUGUUAAAUCUGGACAUCAUGGUUCAGAGCCAGCUGCACAUACCUUCUUAACUUAUUUGAGGUUUGUUUUAGUUUUUCUUUUAUCUCAAUUUUAUGGAGAACACCUUUCCUCAACUUUUCUUGUUUUUUUUUUAUUUUUCAUUAUAUAUUUGUCAGUCUGUUCCAAAUUAUACCAAUGCACAUUGGGCAUUCGACAAACAGAGAGCUCUACAAACUUAGUGCUGCCUCUGUGGUUUUUUUUUUUUUUUAAUAUUAUUUUUGUAUUUGUUUUUUGUUUUUAUUUAAACAUAGUUUUGGAUUGCUGUAAUAACAGUCCUGAGGUUGGGGCUUAACAGUGCAUAUGUUUUUCACGUCCAGGAACUUAUUUUUUAAUGUACAAUUUUAGUUUAAACACAGUACCUUUUUACGUUCUGUUUUAGGAGACCGCUUAUUUCAUAUGUAUAUAAAAGAAACUAUUCAAUCCUAAGCACAUGCAAAGAUAUAAAUGUUUGUACUUUACAAAGUCUGAGUUUUAUUUUUGAAAUAAUGUUGUUCUUUAAGACUUUGUUAGGGAUGGGACAGAGGGAUAAUAAUGUGUUUAUUUUUUAUUUUUUCUUGUUGAAAUAUAUUAUUUCCUCCAUAUGUAAAAUUAGAUGACAAUUGUUGUGCCUCGUUAGCACCCUAGAUUGCAUUUAGGGCUUUGCUAGCUAAAUAAAGAAUAGUCACCGCAUCAGCAA